AUGUUUUUCUUGUUUGUUCUAGCGAAUUCACACGCAUUUCAAUGUAUGCAUAAUGAAAAUGAGUACUGGCUUGUUCCCAAAAUAGAUCUUGCUUCAAUAAAGCAUCAAAAGAGAAAAUUAACAGAAUCUUCAUGGCGAAACAUUCGUAUUAAAAUCGUCACAGACUUUAUCACAUGGGAACUCGAUGAUGAAUUUAAAUGUAAGACCGUUGGGCAAACAAUUUCAUGGGAGCGUGGGACACAUCUAUGUACGGAAGAUGAUUUUUUAAAUGCUUCACGAAGAGCGAAUCUUUUAAGGACAUUGGAUAAUGUUAGAAUAUAUAUAGAGAAGUUACUCAAAGUGAUACCCGUUACAGGAUCGAUUACUAUGGAUUCGGCUGGUUCAUAUACUUUUACGUAUUCUCCAUUGAAAAGUUAUACAGGCUAUGAUUUAAUAUUACCAGUCGUUCUUAAGAAUUUCGGUGGUGAUAGUCCUCUUGCAAUGGCUGGUCCAACUGGUUAUGAAAGAACAUACAAGCGUCCAAUUAGUGGAAUUAUAUACUUAAAUACAAAGAAAAUUCCAGAUAAUACACAAAGUGAGUCAACAUGGCAACGUUGGUACUUCCAAGUUUUAAUUCAUGAAAUUUGUCAUGCACUUGGUGUUACUGGUUCAAUGUUUUCUUGGUAUCAUCCUUAUGAGAACUCACAACCAUAUAACAAUCCAACAUGUCAACUUACAAUACACAAGAAGUCUUUCACAUUCUUAACAACUCCUUAUUCUCACAUCUUCGCGAAGAAACGAUAUGGUGUUGAAACAUUCUCAAAUGGAACUCACAGUUGUCCAUCAGGUAUCGAAAUUGAAGACGGUGGUGGUGAAGGCACAUCUGGUUCCCACCUUGAAGGACGUGUUUUUUACUCAGAUUUAAUGACGGGAACUGUGAUGUCUGAUGCAUCAGGGCCAUUUCAACGACUUACAGAUGCAGUGAUGGCAAUAUUACAAGAUACAGGAAAUUACAAGUGUGAUUGGAAAUAUGCACAACCACUUGUAUGGGGUAAUCCAGAAUCAACAAUUGGUGGCCAACCAAUCAAUGACUUUGCAACAGGUGUUCCGUCUAAAGUUUUCCCCGAUCACUACAUGAAGAAACCAACCGGUGACAAUCUUGGUGGAACGGGUUUUGACUUCAAAACAUGGGGGAGUUCGUCGAGUGUUGUGAAAGACUCUGAGAUUUCAUGUCCAAGUAAUGACAUUAAAUAUCAGCAAUAUUGUGGUCCGGCUCGUUAUGAAUUUUAUAAUCCAUCAAAAGCUGAUUUGCCUGCAAAGAGAUAUCUUUAUGACUAUAUAAAUGUUGCAUAUCCCCAAGAUAGCUGUCCUGAUGGUCAAGCAAUUUUGCCUGGAGCCACUCAAUUUAGCAAUGUUUUUGAAUUAUGUGCUCCAUACAAAUGUAAUAAAUAUGAUAGCUUUACACUGAACGUAACAACUCUCGGAAAAACAACUAUUAUAGAAUGUAAUAAGAGCAAUGUUGGUGCAGCUUUUUCUUACGAAGUGCCUUCCUCAUUUAUUUCAUAUCCAAGAACAGCAUAUUGUGUUCAUCCAGAAAUAUUCUGCAGAUCAGUUAAACUUAAUGAAAUGAAUUUUGUUGCAGAUCCAUUCGAUCCAAACACAGUCCAACUUCAAGAUCCAUAUAAAACGCCAUCUCCAACACCAAAUACACCUGCGCUGAGCUCCCAAAUAGAACCAACACCUGAUCCAAAUGAACCAAGUGAAUCCGAUGAUUCUAAGUCAGAUUCAGGUAAGAAAGGACUCUCAACCAAGAUGUGGAUCAUCAUUGGUGCAUCGGUUGGGGCUGUUAUUCUGAUAAUCCUUAUUGUAACCAUUAUUGUGUGCAAGGUCAAAGGUAGUAAAGAGACGUCCAGUGAUCAUGAUCAAGAUUUAUUUGUUUGA